AUGCAAGCCAGCUGUAUUGACCUUCAUCGCCGUUCAGCCAUUCAUCGCUUGGCUGAGCGUUGCAUGGCCUCCCCGGAUGUGUCCUUGGCCAAGUUGGUGGCGCACGAGCCUGUCGACGAGAAGCUCCUCGCUGGCUCCGUCCCGCAGCUCUCCGAUUGGCUGCGGGCCUGGCGAACAGUCCAAAGCCCGGUGAGUUUUCUGAAGGCUUCCAGGCAAAGUGCCACAGAAUCCCACAUCGACUGCCGGCGCGGUUACAAGCGGCACGUGGACCGUAAACCGCUGAAAGACAUGCUGGAGAUCAUCUUGGAGGUUACUCGAGAGCACAAAAGGUACCGCUGCUGCAGAACGACCUCUGAUCCAGAUGAGAAUGACGAUUUAUUUCCUUGGCUUGCCGGGGGCCAUGGCAUUCUGGGCGUCCUUAAACACCAUGGCAAAGAAGCUUGCUGCGAAGACCUGGACGAGGACUACUCGCAGAAGAUCGCUGACUCCAUACUCCAGGGGGUGCACAGACUUGCGACCCCCUUGGGAGGGGAUCCAGACGUGGAUGUGAUCAACCGAGUGAAGCAGACGCUGACAUCAUAUGCCUCCGAUGGAGGGGCGCCGAUGAAGAAGUGUGGCAAGUUGUUGCAAUGGCAGCGGAACUUUCCCAACCUUUGUCUGAUUUUGCAAGACAAGGCUCAUAACAUAAGAAGGGCCAGCCUGCCUUUGACGAUGGAGGCCAACUUCAAAAAAUGGUGGGCGGACACGUAUGAGAGCAAGACCUCCAUAAUUCCUUCCUUGCAGAACAGUCAUGAGUGGCGUCAGCGGUUCAUUGUCCUCCAGCAGAAGGUUCUUCGAGAGGCGGGAGAUCUUGCUGCCUCCGCCUCGGGAGGAGCCGCGCCUGCCAUGAACAACCUGCGUCGGGCGGUGGAGACGUUGUCUUUCGCGAAGCAGCGAUUCGACUCCUUCAGCUCCUCUCAGGGGAAAUUCAUUUGCCUGGUACUUCCCAUAUGCCUAUUACUUGCUGCCCAAGCCUGUGACGAGCGCCUGGAUGGCCGGCUUCGGUGGCGUUCUGAGCAGCAGCUGAAGGGUAUCUCCGGGGAGAGCAUCCUCUUGGCAGGUUUGAGCGCAGAUUUCGGGGCAGAGAUCCUGAAAUUUGUCCGGCGCUGGGAUGGCCGUGACCCGGACAUUGCGAGCACAUUGCGCCAUCGUGAUGACUUCGUAGCACGCAUGCGUGCUCUGUUUUCUGAGGGACGGGUGCUGCUGGAUGCCGCCAGCGCUGGUGCCAUGGACGAGGACGAGGAGACUUUCACUGUAAGAGGGCUGCGAACUGCUAUGUCGGCAGCUCCGAUACAGUAUGGUGAGAAGCUCCACAGCCUGUGGACGGCCACCGAGAAGUCUAAGUGCACAGAGGUCAUGCAAGGCAUGCAGACCGUCGUGGAUGCUACGGUGGCCAGGGUGCAAGUUGAUAUGGAUGGCUCCGAUCUUCACAUGAGCUUCGCUAUCUUCGAUCUCCCACAGUGGAAAAAAAUGAAGGACCAGCUGGAGCAGGGCCAGGUGGAAGCCUGGGACUCCUUCCAGUCGUCACAGAAGCGGCGAACUGGUUUGUUGGCCAAGGCUUUGCAUCAUCAACCCCAAGAGCUCUGGCGGGAGCUUUCUGCUGCCACUGCAGCUCUUCUGCAGGAUGCCACAGCAGUUGCUGAAGCCAAGAGCAGGAACGACUCCCGACCCAACUGGCGCAGGGUCCUGGACGGGCCUUUGGAUGGCUGCAUGCAGCUGGGCGUUCUCCGGGAUGCAGUUUGCUUUUACCUGAGCAUCCAGGAUGGCGAGUGUGGGGUGGAACGAGACCUAGCACUUCUGCGUGAUCAGUUGAAGAACCACGAGGCUGCUCUGGACCGCUGCGGUCUCACUGCCAGCUGUCUCCUGGAGAUCAAGCUAGACGGGCCACAGACAGAGCAGCAUCUCGCAGAGCGACUGCUGCCUGAUGCACAGCCAGCAGCUGGCUUGAUGGAUCCAUUCGCAGUUGGCGACUCUGCAGUCCUGCGCAAGACGCCAUUCACGAGGCGAUGCGCGCAACUUUGGCUUGCCAAGCACGGCCGCAGGUUUCGUUGCUACAAAGAGCGGUCCGACAAAGGCACACGCCGAGCAAAGCGCAAAGGCACGAUGGCCUCGGUGGUGCGUGGGCAAGUUCGGGCAAGCGAUGCCUUGGUAGAGAUGCCUGCGCCUAGGGGAGACACGCCGACAGCAAUCCCAGGCAUGCCGUUGCGAUCUUUCGCGCAGAGAGCUGCUACGAAGCUACGAGGCAGCAGCCGCUGGAACCCGGAGUUUGAGAAAUUUCAGAAGCUCACGGAGUCAAAGAGCAACCUGCGGUCCCAAGAACGACAACGGCAAUUCUUCGGGCGACCUCCACCUCGGCCCCUCCUGCGCAAAGGCAAGGUCUUCCAAACUGGUCCUGCUCCACGAUUGUCUUCGACCACGCUGAUUGCAGAUUUGUCUUCCGAGACAAGAGCUCCGGAAGCCACACGCCAGUGUGCUUACAAGAGGUGCCCAGGGGAUAUCAGCUUUGAAGAUAUGCUCCGCAGCAACAUAUUGGUCGUGGACGAUGCGCAGGCUCUGGAGCAGGGCCGUGCUGGGCCCACACAGCUGCACUGGUACUUGGCUGUGGUGGCUUUUGGCAAAGGCCUCGUGAGCAUUGGCAACUGGCUUCGAGCGGAUCGCAUGGACUUGGUGAGGUACUACCAAGCCGCCAGCAAGGAGGUGCCGGCCAAAGUCUUCGUCAGAGCCGAGUUCAAACAGCAGUAUGGCAAGGUCGUGCGAUGGUUGCAAAGAAUUUGUUCUUUGCCGCGGUGCCUGUGGUCCAUCACCGGGUCGGAGGCUGACGCAGAGUGGGUGCUCUCAGAUCUGCCUUCUCUCAGCAACUUCUUGGUCCGUAUCUGCCGUGUCAGCACCAGCGCAACCAAGUUGACGACCGAAGGGAAAUACUGGAAGCUGGGAAGCCAGGCUAGGCUGCUGCGACGAGCCCCGCAAAAGCGACCCCGAGCGGCACAGCCGCCUGCUGAAGCUGAGGGGUAG